CGCAUCGCAUCGCCGCAGCACUCGUGUCGCGUAUAGACCAUGCGGAGGCGCGCAGAAAUUAUUUAACCGCGAUACGAAUCGGUUGUGUUUUUGGCGUUUUUCGCGCGCUGUUUCUUCCAAUACGUCUCCGGUGUCAUAAAGUAUCUAUCUGUUUUGUCGGUGCACCAUUAGGGCACAUUCUCGUUGACGGGCGCGGUGUGUUUGUCGUCCUUACGGUUCUCGGAAUCUUGGAAUUGAAGUAGAGUUCGCGCGAUCGUUUUUUUUGAACUUUUGGGUGAAGUGCGCAGGCGAGCGAGUGCGAAUUUCGGACGUACGCACAGGAUAUUUGAGGGGGUCCAAACGGGACGAGAUAAGCCGCGACGUCGUCGUCGUCAUCGUCGUCACUCCGUCGGUGCUGCCAAGAAGAUCCGAGAUUGAUAAGUGCGCGCCGCGCUAUUCUGCCGGGUAGCCACAGACCCGUGUCCGUCGUAGGUCGACGCUAGGUGUGCGCGGUUCGGGUACCGCUUGACCGGAAUUUCAGUGAAUCGUGUAAGAAAAAAAAAUCGGCGAAGAAUAGAGUGUGGUGUUCAGAAUUACCGGAAGUGCAAGCCGGCUCCUCCUCGGUGGGUCGUUACCCAACUAUUUCUCUCGCGUUCGGACCCAGUAGUUGCACCCGUGGAUUUGUAACCGAACCCGCAGACCGGAGAUGGCCUUCUUUAGGGCCUAUUACUGUUCAGUGCUACUGUUGUUCUACUUUGGGGCCCUGGUCCAAAGUGGUACUCCGGUGCGACCCGGUACGGGCAAUCCGUCCCCCCGGCUGCCCCGGACCAGUGCCAGCCAGCUGUCCGCACAGAACAACAACAGCACCGGAGUGCGUAAUUUGGCCGCCAAGAACCUUACCGCCCAGCAGGGACGUGGGAACUACAGAUCAAGGUACGUCAAAAUAAGGGAACAACAGCUGCUCAAUGUGUUCGAAGUAGUGGUAUCAACGUUGGAGGGGAAACUCCAGCGGAUAGACAACCUGGACAAAGCGGUCGAACACCUGAUGCGACGGGUGGAGUCGCUGGACAGUAAGAUGGCGGACAAUAUCCACAAAACCGACUCGGUCAUCACAAAGUUGAGGACCCUGGACAGUAAACUGUCGUCCGGAGGAGAUGAUGAGAGGCCCAACAGUGUCCGGACGGCCAAGUCCACGAACAGUUUGGACAGUCGACUGGUGUCGCUGGACCAGAAGGUUAGCGAUAUCGACAAUAAGCUGAACGGACUGAAGAACCAGAUCGACAGCAAUUUCCUGCCGUUGGACGACAUAAAUGCCGAAGCCAGUGAGCGCAAAACCGUUAGCAUGAACGUGGCCGAGAUCACGAAGGCAAUGCAUUCGGAAGUGAUGGGACACAUCACCAAGGAGUUAGGUCAACUGAGAGCUAUUCAGGAAGGCAUCGAUAAGAAACUCCAAUUCCACAUCAACAUUGUGUCGGAGAAUCUAGGCAAAACGAUCAACCUGUUGAACGAAGUCCACGAUGCGGUGGUGGAUCACAACAUCAACUUUAACUACAACUCGACCUCAACCAUUCCGCCGUACGUAAAGGCCAGCAAGAUCGACAUCCUGGUGAAGCAGAUCCGACCGAUCAUGUCCGUUUCGGAGAAAAUGGACGAAGUGUGGGAUGUUGUCGUGGGAACCAAGAGCUCCGUCGACGAUCUGGUGCCCAAAUCGGACGCUCUGCUCACGCAGAACCAACGCCAGGAGCGAGCCAUCGGCGAAAUUCAUCACGAUCUGAAGACCAAAACGAACCUGAUCAUCAACAACCUGGAUAUGGUGGAGAAGCGACUCAAGAAACAGGAAGACGACGUGGCCGUAUUGGCGCAACGUCCCGUUCCAGCCGAACUUCUGAUGGACCCUACGAUUGAUCGACUCGUUGAAUACGAUCCUAACCGUUCUCACCGAAACAGGUACUCAAUCGUGGAAGACUUCACGGAAGCGCUGCCAACGACGACCUACCCCACUUCGUCUUCCUCUUCGACGACGAGCACCAGUAGUAGUAGCAGCAGCAGCAGCACCAGCACAACCGCUAGCAACGUGAAUCUCACCAGCACCACAUCGGCUUCGGCGCAGACGGUUCAGGCUGGCGGCAAAAACGUGUCCCGCAAAGGCGGAAUCAUCUUCCCCAGUGUGAAGAACAAGCCUUCCGUGCUGAACAACACCUUUGCGAGCGAGAGCCUACUCUUCAAGGACAUUAAGGGAUUCUCCUGUGCCGACCUGAUGAACGCCGGUAUGCGUCAAUCCGGAGUGUACUAUCUGCAGAUCCGUGGCACCACCUACUGGUUCCUGAAGGUGUUCUGCGAGCAGGAAGUUGCCGACGGUGGAUGGACUGUUAUUCAACGGCGUGACGACUUUGGAGAGCCCCGGGAGAACUUCAACCGCGACUGGGCCGAUUAUAAGAACGGAUUCGGCGAUCCGGCUAAGGAAUUCUGGCUCGGCAACGAAAACAUCUACAUGCUGACGAACAACGAAGACUACUCGCUCCGGGUCGAGUUAGAAGAUUUCGAAGGAAACAAGAGGUACGCACAAUACUCCCAUUUCAAGAUCCAUUCCGAGCAAGACUACUACAAACUGGAAAUCGACGGCUACGAAGGUAACGCCGGCGACUCGCUGAACGACCCCUGGUACGGUUCCAACAACAGCCCCUUCUCUACGUACAACCGGGACAACGAUCGGAGCUCGCUGAACUGCGCCAGCAUGCUCAAGGGCGGCUGGUGGUGGAAGUCAUGCGGCCGAGGUCUCAACGGACUCUACCUGCACGAUCCCCAGGAUCUGACCGCCCGGCAGGGUAUCGUCUGGUUCCGCUGGAGAGGCUGGGACUACACCCUCAAGAAGGCCACCAUGAUGAUCAAACCGCGAGGACCGCAGGCAGCGGCUCAGCAGCAGAUUGCGGCGGCAGCGGCAGCGGCGGCAACGACGGCGUAAUAAGUAGAAGGACAAGCAGCAAAUGGCGUUCUGUUUUUGGUUCAAUCGCGCUCAAAAACUCAAGAGUUUUUUGUACAAAUUCUUUUUUGUUUUUAUUGUUUACUCUUUUUUGUUUUAUUAUUGUUCGCCACAAACAAACAAAAAAAAACCGUCACGUGGAAGACAAAGAUGUUUCCAGGCACGCUAGAUGAAACCUAACCUAAAAAUGUGUCCCUCGUUCUGGUUACUCGAGGGACCCCCCGCCAAUCACAAAACACCUGCAAUACCGUUUAGAGAUGCUUGUAAAUUAAUCAACCUCGUCUUGCCCUUAGAGUGAAUGGGACUUUCCUCUAUCAAACCCUGCCUUUUACGUGUAACUCCGUUUACCCGUCCUUUUUGUUGUAUAUGUAUUUUUAUAUUACAAUUAAUUUAUUAAAUUUAGUUGAAAGGACGUGCGUGAGAGCGAAGAAAAAAGGAAAAUCAUCACUUUUAUUUAGCGAAAUAUCUUAGUCUAACUGUCUGUGGCGCGACGCGAAAACGAAGGGAACGUUAAUUAUUAUUGUUUUAUCCCGCCAUGGGUUUUCUGGAAAAAUCGACUUCCAAAUGACCAAACUUAUACGAUAAGAAGAUGAAGCAUAAAGAGUACAACACGGACGACGGUUUUGACAUUUUUUUUUUCCAAAACAUUCGAAAAAAUUAUAAACCAAACGAUAUUUUUCUUUUCUUAUCCUAUAAACUCUGGCCUUUAUAACGCAGACGAAGAGAAGAUAUCCGAAGAUCACGAACUGAAAGAGAUUGUUUAACGAUAGUGUAUUUGUUUUUUAUUAUAUAAAUUUGAUCAUCCCUCAUGCACAUUAUUUUUUCGAAUGUUUUAUUUUUCUACCUAGUUUAUUUGCUACAUUGAGGGUGUGGAAUGCGUCGUAUCUUGGUUCACUGAGAAAUGUUAAAUAUCUUGUUAAGACUAUGCCCCCGCGGAAGAAGCUACAGUUUAUGACCCUUCACAAACAAUAGCCUUCACGCUUUGAAAAGACAUCCCUACAAACCAUGCCUUAUUGGUGUUAGCCGUCUAAUGUCAAACAAACGUGAUGCGUGGCGAAUUCUGCAUCGCCUGUGGAUUGCACCCAGUGACAGCCCUGUGCAACCGGAAAGGUCAUCACGUUUGCAUCUCCGGGAUAAGGUUUCCUCCUCUCGGGCCAUUGAAGCGGUGAAUCCAGUGGACCACCGUGGCUCAACUUGGCGUUACCUAAUUCUGCCAUGGGCUUUGACCUCUCUCCUCGUCCGUAAGAAACGAUUUAACAACCAUGUGCUACCAACCAGCCUACGGACGAGGAUCAUAAUUCAUUUCACCAUGUCGCACGGGUUGCGAUUUUUCAAAGCCUUUCGCUUUAUCUUCUGCGCUUCUGCGGAACAGAUAUUGUCUUCAACCUAAUACCGCCGUCUCUGAGUUGCGAUCGUCUGUCUGUUCGUUCGCAAAGGAGACAGGUAAUUCUAGAGUGACGGUAAGAAAUUUUUAUGUUGCAAUGCCCUGCCGUCACCGUUAGGAAAUCAUAAUAACAAAGUGCCUACACCCGGUCUUCCACUGAUUGUGGUGAAUGAUGCAUUUUUACGAUUAUCUCCAGUCAGAUCCGGAUGUCAAAAGCAUGACGCGCAACCAUGUGGUUGAACUUAUGUGCUUUCAGUUUCAUAACCGCAAACAUUGUUAUUGUGGAAAUUGAGAAAAUUUAAUAAAUCAUAGUAGGCUUUUAGAAAACGCUAGGAUUGCGUAAAUCAUUACCCAUUUUGAUUUCUUGGCUGUCAAAUCAAGUAUAGAAGAAUGAAGUCUUCAUCGCAGCAUUCAUACACUUUGAUUUAAUUAUACCCCGUAGUAUUGAAUAUUUAACAUUUCUUAGUGAAAUAAAUUUUCCAAGUUAAGCUUACUGAUUUUUUGGAAGUUAUCGAUGAAUGUGAACUAAUCAGGAGACCCAAGGAAAGUCACAAUUCAGAACAUAAUACUAUGAAAAUCAAAAACAGAACUCUCAUCGAUCUUCAUCAAAGUGAAAAGCUAUGGACGAACUUGAAACAUAAUAUUUCAGUCGCAAAAGAAAAAUAAAACAUUGUCUCAGAAAAGAAAACCAUCCCGCACAACGAAAAACAAACAAAAGUAUGUUAAAUGAAAUGACAUAAUGGAAAACCGAUAAAGAUAGAAUCAUCUGUACACUCGAUCAUUUAAGCGUAGAGUAUUGCACACAAUAAAAAAAAAACCGGCACAAUACAAAAAAUACCAUAAACCCGAUAAAAAUACAGCCAGAUUUGUAAGCGUCAUGAAUUGUUCGUAAUUAAACUAUUAUUAUAGCCCACUACACAAACACAUACACACAAAAAAGAAUCAGAGCAACACGCAUACCCCCACACCACUGAUGCACAACUCAUAAAAAAUAUUGUAAGUAAAAUCGAACGUUAUUUGGCGUUUUCCUGCGAACCAUCCAAUGAAUAUUGUUUUCCGACGACACGAGAUAAAACCUGAAGAGGUAAAAACGCGAAACUGGAAAUCAUCGGAAAAUCGGUAUCGGAAAAAAAAGUAUAAGCAAAAAUCUUUAUAUACAGUUACGAAAACACCCAGAAGAGAAAUCCAAUUGUAAAUAUCGUUUUAAUUUAAUAGUUGUUAGGAUGUUUUUAUAUUGAAGUAAAACAAAUGUGAAAAUAGUUGUAAUAAAAA